UGAAAUGAGGCCUUAAAAUGGGAUCCGAAAGGUGGAAAAAUCAAAAGGUCUUUGGGGGUUUCACAAGAAAUCCAUCUCACCACGCUCUCAUGAUUUUUCCCGGUUGCGUCAUGUUUAGGAGCACCACAGUCCAAAUGGUUGACCGAAUCGCUUAUCUUUCUGGUCCUCCUCUCCAACCACCUACCACGAGACUCACUUUCCUUUCUCCUUCUUCCCUUUUUCUUUUCAAACUCAAACCCACUUCCCUCUUCUCUUCCUCCUCCUCCUUCUUCUCUCUCACUUCCCCUCCACGAUCCACCAUGCUGCACCACGACCCUCUUGUCUCUGACAUCUACGCCACUGCCAUUUCCGCCAUUGUCGCCUUGUCCUUUCUUAGACUCUGGCAAGAGACUGCAAAACGAGACAUAUUCGACAAGAAAUUAAAUAGGAAACUUGUACAUAUAAGCAUUGGGCUGAUGUUCAUGCUCUGCUGGCCAUUAUUCAGUACUGAGAAUAGGGCUCCGUUCUUUGCUGCUUUAAUUCCGGGAGUGAAUAUAAUUCGGAUGCUUGUUACUGGACUUGGAAUAGUGAAAGAUGAGGCCACAGUGAAAUCAAUGAGUAGAUUUGGAGAUUACAGGGAACUUCUUAAAGGACCACUGUAUUAUGCUACGACUAUUACUUUGGCAUCCAUAAUAUACUGGAGAACUUCACCUGUCUCCAUUGCUGCAAUAUGUAAUCUGUGUGCAGGCGAUGGCAUGGCUGAUAUUGUUGGAAGGAGAUUUGGUGGUGUAAAGAUAUAUUACAACAAAAACAAGUCAUAUGCCGGUUCAAUUGCAAUGGCGUCUGCUGGAUUCUUAGCUUCUAUUGCGUAUAUGUGGUAUUUUUCCUCAUUUGGAUAUAUGGAGGGAAGCUGGAAAUUGGUUCUUGGUUUUCUGUUAGUGUCUGUUGGCACAGCAUUUGUAGAGUCCCUUCCUAUCAGCACAGAGCUUGAUGACAACCUUACGGUUCCCCUGACCUCCAUAUUGUUGGGCAGUGUUAUUUUCUGAUAUGAAGCAUACAAGGCAGUAGGAAUUAGUUCUCUAUAUCUUCCCUUCAGUUGGAAAAUGUUCAUUCUGUAUAUGUUAAUCUGUCAGUUUUGUAACUGACUGAUGCUUGUAGUGUAUGUUCACAAUCAAUGCAUUAAUGCAUACAGGGCAAUUUUCUGCCUUGUCUUCUUAGCAU